UUCAGAGGUCUGCUUGAAUGAACAUUUAGAUAUAGCUUUUAAUUGCUCUUUCUUUUUUUCAAAAACUUUACAUAGUUUUAUCUUAAGCGAAUAAAUCGUGAUCAUAAUUCUCGUUGCAGCUGGCUAAGUGGUGCAUUGAUGCGCACUGGGCGCUAUUUAAGGGUUCAGUUUCUUAUGUUAUACAAUAACUGGAUGAGAAAAAGUGGCAAGUGCUUAUACCAUUUGAUUAUUUAAUUUCCUUCAGUGUGAAAAGUGCUAGAUAUUAAUAGCGGGUUUUUCUGCAUUGGUAGUUGUCACAUUUUACGGCUAAGUAUAGGCAAGCUAUUCCCUGAUACUUUUUUACUGUCAUUAAUAAACAAAAUAGAUAUCUUUUCGUGAAUGAAUGGCUGGAUGAAUGAAUUAGUUGAACAGCAGAUAACUUACGCACGCCAUUUGCACCCAGCAAAAUCAGAGAAUCAGACAAAAAAAGCACAUAUGCAAAACAACUAAAUCAAUCACUAAAGCUGCACUGUGUGAAAUGUUCCACUAUUAAUUCCAAUUACUAUAUGUUUUUACAAGAGACCAUCAUGGUCUCUUGGUUUUUAUCUGCUACCACGAUUCUCCCUCGGUUAUCAGAUUUCGCGGUUUGAAGUUUGAAUUUUAGCCGAUCACGUGACAAGGAGAUCCAAUCAGAUUAUAGAAUGGACGGGAUUCGAUGAAUGACUAUCUAGUAACUAUCGCGAGUUCUGCACUUCCACUCAUUCAAAGCCCGGUGCUGACCCGACACGCUGGCUAACGACUCCGCAAUAACUCGACCAAAAUGCGUCUGCUUGUUCUCUUGGCUCUCCAUUUCAGCAUAAAAAUCGUCUUCGCGUCCACAGGCCUGAAAUUCGAAGGCAAAAGGUUUCCUUUUGCUGAGUUUAAACCGUGGGACCUCUCAACAAAUGGUUCCUUCGAGCUUUACUUCCAAACAAAGCGAAAGAACGCUCUUCUGCUGUACCAAGACGAUGGUGAUGGUCAAGACUGGAUUGACGUAUUCCUCGUGGAAGGUCGCGCGAGGAUUCGCAUCACCCUCGGGAUGUGCCGCUCCAGUACAAGAAUUAUCAAUGGGUCUUUUGCAGAUGAAAAGUGGCAUCUUUUGAAAGUGAAACGCAACUUUACAAUAACCACGUUUUCUGUGGAUGGGUUUGAGUCCGAACUGAUCGAGUGUGAGAUAACUGAGGAUUCUCCAGUCAAGCCAAAGUCGUCAAAAACAAGUCUUUACCUCGGUGGGAUACCCGUUCUGAACGGGAGAGGGAGCUGGUCAAAUCCGUACAUUUUCCAAGAAAAUAUUCGCUAUGUGUUUUCUGGCUGUAUCGCUCGCGUCAAGUACAGUGACGGCAAAAGCGUCAUGCACUCUGCUCAUUACAAAACUUCCAAAGGAACGACCGCUGACUGUGAUGGCGCAUGUACAGAUGACCAAUGCAAAAAUGGCGGGAAAUGUGUAGACAUGCUGGUCCGCGCCGAGUGCGACUGUCGAGGGACUGGGUACGUCGGUCAGCACUGCCAGUUAAAAAAAGAAAUUCUUGUGAAUGACUCCAAGGAGCCAAACGUCACAGUCGGGGUAACUGCUCACGUCAGGGGACUGGCGCCAGGUCUGCAGCCAUUACCGCUGACCGUUACAAUGGUUUUACUGACGUGUGGAAUGAUGCUCUAUAAUGACUACCUACCAGGCUCACUCGGACGAAUGCUGUGACUGGUUACCAUGGUUACAAUAGACAUUUUGGGAGGUUAUCACUUCCCUGUUCAAGGUGUUUCGAACAAGAGAGUUAGUAUUGGAAUAUGCGCGGCAGACAAUCAAAGCGUAUCAGUAUUCCAUUGAUACGACACUUUUGAAAUAGCUCUUCGAACUCAUAAAUUGAUGAACAGAGAGUCAAAUCCACGAAGUUGGAGUAGACACCGUCUCACGUUGACCAUAAGAAUGCAGCCAAUAGUAGCAGAGAAAGACAACUAGAAAACAGUUGACUUUGACUUAAGUGGCUCAAUGCAUCAACAAUAUAUUAUUAUGUCAACUGCAAUACGCGAAUUAAGCAAGACUUCGUAGUAUCUAUUUGAGAAAUGAUACACCCUUAAAACAAAAAUCCUGAAGAAAUCCGCAACCUUCAGGGGCGGUAACAAGGGUCAAAACAGCUACAAAAUUUGCUGAAACCUUCAGCUUUCUGACGACGGAAUCGCUUUAAAAAUCACAAAUGCUACAAAUGGCAGAAAUAAACCCAGUUUACUCAGAGGUAGAGAAAACAAUCAGCUUAUUUUCGUAUUUUCGAAUGCCUCGCUAAAUUUAAAUUAAAUAGUUGUGCAUUAUGUUCAAGAGGAGAAAAUAUAAAAGAUGUUUUACAGAGUAAAAUAUUAAUACUAGAAAUACAAAUAAAAACUGAAAAAUGA